UUUGGCGCGGUGUAUAGACAGGCGGCUGACGGCAGUUGGACAGGAACGGAGGAGGUCACAACCGGCGACUUUUUUACAUUUCCGCUUGGAUAAAAGUCCCAGGACACAUUGGUGGAUUUAUUAAAAGAUUGUUUCUUCGGUUUAACGUUUUCCUCCAGCCGUCUAUCGAAGCUUGCCCCUGUGCAGGCGGACGGAAACACCUUGAAAAAUGCCUCCCAUCGAAAAUGACACCGGGAAGAAUGAUCUGAAAUCCCAGAUUCAGCUGCUGAUCGACUCCAACCAAGUCAUGGUUUUCAGUAAGAGCUACUGUCCGUAUUGUGUGAAGGUGAAAGACUUGUUCAAAGAGCUGAAACUCGAGUUUAAUGCGAUGGAGUUGGAUCUUAUAGAGGAUGGAACCAACUACCAGGAUAUGCUGCUCGAGAUGACCGGACAGAAAAGUGUUCCCAACGUCUUCAUCAACAAGACGCACGUGGGCGGCUGCGACAAAACAUUGCAGGCUCAUAAAGACGGCAGCCUGCAGCAGCUCCUGUGUGCAGAGACUGAAGCGUACGACUACGACCUGAUCGUCAUCGGGGGGGGGUCGGGAGGCCUGGCCUGCUCAAAGGAAGCUGCUGCCUUGGGGAAGAAGGCCAUGGUGCUGGACUAUGUGGUGCCCACUCCAAAGGGAACCACCUGGGGUCUGGGGGGAACCUGUGUGAACGUGGGCUGCAUCCCCAAGAAGCUUAUGCAUCAGACGGCCAUGUUGGGAACCGCCAUUCAGGACGCACGCAAGUUCGGCUGGGAGAUCGAUGAGAAAGUGAAACACAACUGGGACACGAUGAAGGACGCGGUGAGCAACUACAUCGGCUCCUUGAACUGGGGCUACAGAGUGGCUCUAAGGGACAAGAACGUCAACUACGUCAACGCCUACGCAGAGUUCAUCGAACCUCACAAAGUCAAGGCGACAAACAAACGAGGGAAGGAGACGUUUUACACAGCGGAAAAGUUUAUCAUAGCAACUGGCGAGAGGCCGCGCUACCUCGGCAUCCCUGGAGACAAAGAGUACUGCAUCACCAGUGACGACCUCUUCUCGUUGCCUCACUGCCCGGGGAAGACCCUGGUGAUCGGGGCGUCCUACGUGGCUCUGGAAUGCGGGGGUUUCCUGGCCGGUCUGGGUCUGGAUGUGACCGUGAUGGUGCGGUCCAUCCUGCUGAGGGGCUUCGACCAGGAGAUGGCCAACAGAGCGGGGGAGCACAUGGAGGAGCACGGAGUCAAGUUCCUCCGCAAAUAUGUCCCUAUAAAGGUGGAGGAGCUGGAGGCGGGAUCUCCCGGCAGGCUGAAGGUGACGGCCAAGUCCACAGAGAGCGAUGAGGUCAUCGAGGGAGAGUACAACACAGUGUUGAUAGCCGUGGGCCGAGACGCCUGCACAGACAAGAUCGGCCUGGACAAGACGGGGGUCAAAGUCAACCCCAAGACGGGAAAGGUCCCGGUGAGCGACGAGGAGCAGACCAACGUUCCUCACAUCUACGCCAUCGGAGACAUCCUGGAGGGGAAGUGGGAGCUGACGCCGGUCGCCAUCCAGGCCGGAAGACUGCUGGCAAGACGCCUCUACGGGGGGGGGAAGCUCAAGUGUGAUUACAUCAACGUCCCGACUACUGUCUUCACCCCGCUGGAGUACGGCUGCUGCGGGCUGUCUGAGGAUCGAGCCAUCGAGCUCUAUGGCCAGGAGAACCUCGAGGUGUUCCACAGUCUGUUCUGGCCUCUGGAGUUCACCGUGCCCAACAGAGACAACAACAAGUGCUACGCUAAGAUCAUCUGCAACAAGCUGGACAACGACCGUGUCAUUGGCUUCCACUACCUGGGUCCGAACGCCGGAGAGGUGACGCAGGGCUUCGGUACGGCCAUGAAGUGUGGAGCCACUAAAGAACAGCUGGACAACACCAUCGGCAUCCACCCAACCUGUGCCGAGAUCUUCACCACUCUGGAGGUGACGAAGAGCUCGGGUGGAGACAUCACCAAGUCCGGCUGCUGAGGUUAAACCCUGCUCGUUUAGCGGGCUGCGCUCAUGUUAGACUCCCCAAAACACCCCCCACUCUCUCAUCUAUCCCCCCUCAGACGCUCCCUUCAAAGAGCAGAUGAUCAUCGGGACAAACCAGCGUCCAUUUAGGAGCGAGAAGAGUGUGAAAUGAGUCUGAAUUACAUGAGUCUGCAGCCUGCUGAACAGCGGGGUUACUCUGCUGAUUUCUCCUGGGCUCCAACAGUCCUUCUCAGAGGAGCACCAACACACACACACACUCGAUAUGUGUGUGUGUGUGUGUGUUGGGGCUGUUUGUGACGUCCUGGCCCGUAACCUUGAAUCUUCAGGUGGGCUAGGAUCGAUGUCCCUCUGCAGAAGCGAACUGUUUUGGCGUCCAAACCUUCGUCCAAUCCCCCAAACUGCAAACACGCACACACACACAUUCACUUUAGAAAUACAGAUUGAAACGGCACACAGGCGAGGUUUUAAAGGAUGCUCGGCUCCAGCUUGAAAGCCUUUUAUUUAACGCGUGUGUGGGUUGAUUACGUCAGUUUUCCUCUGUUGAGCCAGCCAUUAUGUAUUUGAGGGUGAAAUGAGUCCAUGUCGCGGUGUAUAUUUAUCUGUUGUGUGUGUGGAGCAUCUGCCUUUUAAAGAAAUCUCUUCCAAAGUCUUCAGAGAGAUCCUUUCAAACCUCGCUGCAUCGCUGCCACACAAACACAACCCGAGAUGUACUGAAUGUUGUGUUUAAAUAUUAAUAAGGAGGAAAAACAUUUUCACAAGUUUCUACUGAGUUAAUUUAAUGCUCGUUUGUGGCGUCUUGCCUCUGCUUUAUGCGUCUGUCGAGGAUAUAUUCCAUCUACAGUACUGCUGUCUCUGCGUGACUCUGGUCAGAUUUAUAAGUGACUUGUUCGUUGGCGUCAAAACCACUGUAGAUUACUUCUUUCAAGAUGUAAUAAAGGAUGAAUACAA